GCUUCGGGCGGGAUCACAAUAAAAAUGUGGUUUAACACGCUGGUGUUAGCCAUUUUGUCGUUUUUCUUUGCAUUUUAUUAUUUUGUUGUGAGAAGACUUAAUUAUUGGAAAAGCAGAAAUGUGCCAUGUUUGAAGCCACUACCGUUUUUCGGAAAUUACAAAGACUAUAUCUUACUGCGAAAGAAAUUCUUGUUUGUUACUGAUGAGAUAUGCAAACAGUUUCCUAAUGAGCCCUACAUUGGUACUCUUUACGGUACCGAACCAACGCUUAUAGUCAAGGAUCCUAAAUUACUGAAACUAAUAACGACACAGGAUUUCUACUUCUUCAGCGGAAGAGAAAUUACAGAUUACAAUCAUAAGGAAACGGUGACCAACAACAUGUUCUUCCACGGUGGUGAUAAAUGGAAAGUCGUGAGACAAAAUCUAACACCACUGUUUACGUCAAUGAAAAUGAAGAAAAUGUUCCAUUUGAUUAAAAAUAUUGGUGAUUCAUUUGAAAAAGUGUUAAAAGUUGAAGUUGAAUCCGCUUCGGACACCGAAAUUAAGACGAAGUUGGUCAAGUACACGUUGGAAUGCAUAUUAUCUUGUGGUUUCGGUAUUUCCGCGGAAUUAUUGCAAAGCGAAGGAAACGAUAGUGUUUUCAUUAACGUGGGAAACAGCCUGUUCGAUAAUUCAAAAACGAGACAUUUCAAAAAUAUAAUAAGAUCUAUUUGGCCGAAGUUCUUUUACGCUUUGGGCUUGAAUUUGUUCGAUCCCAAAGUUGCUCCGGUUUUUAAUAAUUUACUGUCAGACGUGUUCCAAAGUCGACUCAACAAAACUUCGAAUCGAAACGAUUUCGUCGAUCUCAUUUUGUCAUGGAAAAAUGAGAAACAUAUUUAUGGUGAUAGCUUAGAUCCUAGAAGUGACAAGAAAAUUAGCUUUGACGUUACUGAUGUAUUGCUCAUAUCACAAUGCAUUCUCUUCUACGCAGCUGGUUUUGAAACAACGUCGGCUACUCUGAGUUUCUUGAUGUACGAACUCUCUAAGCACAGAGAUGUCCAAGACAGGUUGAUAGAAGAGGUCGAUAAUUAUUAUAAAAAACACAACGGUGUCAUUGAAUAUGAAUGUAUCGGGGAAAUGCCUUAUCUUGAUGCGUGCAUCCAUGAGGUGCUGAGGCUGUAUCCGGUCUUGGGAGUAUUGACUCGUGAGGUCAUGAAGAGUUACACUUUGCCCACAGGACUGAAGUUAGAGAAGGGCAAUCGUAUACACAUUCCACUGUACCACAUCCACCGUGAUCCGAAGUUCUUCCCAAAUCCAGAAGAAUUCCGGCCGGAUAGAUUCUUCGGAGAGGAGAGGAAAAAUAUCGUCCCCUAUUCAUUUAUGCCGUUCGGUGAAGGACCUAGGAUAUGCAUAGGUCAAAGAUUUGCUAAAAUGGUGAUGCACAAUAUAGUGUUGAAAAUAUUUAAGAACUGUAAACUAGCAGAAAGCUCGUUAACUCCAAAGAAAUUGGACUUAACAGACGUGUCCAUUGUGACACAAACCAAUGACGAAAUUUACGUUAAAUUAAUUAAAAGACUUUGACGUCUGCACUUAUAUGAAUAAAAUAAAAUCAUGCGUAUUGUGAUAAAUGAAAUUACGUGUCUUAAUAUAUUUUAUGAACCAAG